AUGGCGAUCUACCUGGUCACGCUGAACCGGAACGAAGUUGCGCAGACUGAAAUCGACGAGACGGGCUCGUACCUCCUGUCGCGUUGCGGGAAAACGAGGCCCUACCGAGACAUCACCAUGUUCUUCCGCGUCGCGUUCGUCGUCGGUCUGUGGUGUCUCUCAAGUGCGGACUGGGCAUCGUACAAGCGUAAAUUCAACAAAAACUACUCGUCCGUUGAAGAUGCUUUCCGACGUCAGAUAUACGAGGAGUCCACACGCAACAACAUCGAGCACAACAUUCUCUACGAUUUGAAGCUUGUCACGUGGCGAAGGGGUCCGACCAUGUUCUCCGACAUGACUGCUGAAGAGCGCUCGGGCUUCCUUGGGGCUCUUCCUCCGACCGCGAAUUUCUCCGCGCCACCUGAGUAUCUCGGUCCCGAGCUUUGGGAGGGAGAACCUCCAGCCUCCGUCGACUAUCGGACGAAUCCGUGCCUCACACCACCGAAAGACCAAGGUGCCAGUACGGCCGCAUGCUCUCGGAACUGCUGGGCCUUCGCAACGAUAGGACUCCUCGAGUUCCGUUACUGCGCAAGAGAAGGGACGCAGCAGAGGUUCUCAGAGAAAUAUCUCGUGAAUUGCGCAGACAAUCGGAGCUGUGAAGGGGGUCACAUUGAUAAGGCACUGGAGUUCGUGAUCGAGAAGCAGAAGAUCCCCUCAGAGGCUUCGUAUCCUUACACGCUUUCGAAAGAGCCUUGCCGUGAACCCUAUGUGGACCUUUUCGACAUGAAAGAUCUCGUGGGUUAUGAGAUUCUCCAUGGCGAUGAAGCUCUUCUGCGAGCUGUUGCUUUCCGCGGACCCGUCGCAGUAUACAUGUGGACCAACAUGACCGGUCUGCAGGACUUCACGCCGGGUGAAGAUGAUAUUUUCUCGAGUGCGGUUUGCGACAACCUCGAGCCCGGAGCAUACGACCACGCAGUCAUGGUUGUCGGCUAUGGUUCGAAUGCUCAAGGCAAAUAUUGGAUCAUCAGAAACUCUUGGGGCCCGCUCUGGGGCCAACAUGGCUACGCCAAAAUAUCCAGGGACAAGGUGAACCAUUGUCACAUCUCCGACUCCGUCUUCGUCCCUAAGUACGCUUGA